AUGGAGAGGAGUUUUUUCAUUGGUAGUAGAAGCAUGAGACUUGAGAUGCAUGUGUAUCUUCAUAGCUCUCUCCACUUUAUAUCAAAUAGUUUUGAUUAUAUUGACAGGAGAAGUCCUUAUUUUAGGCCAUAUAUAAUGGCAUACAAUUUUGAGAGUUGUCAAUCAAGAAUGUUUAGGCUCCCCAAGGAUGCAAGAAAAUGUUCUAAUCAUGAAAGUUGCGACAUGGGUAUUUUUGAAUGGGGGAAGGUGAGAAGUUUGGAUCAUUCUAUUUGUUUGGUGAGAUACAUGAAAUUUGUGUUUACCAUAUGGGUUUUGGUGGACUACGAGUCAAAUUUAUGGAGAAAGACUUUGAAAAUAAGGUUGAAAGCUAUGGGGUUGAAGGAGGAAGAUCCAAGGGUUCAAGGGUUUACAAUCAUGAAUGGUGAUUGUUUGAUAUUUGCCACCAAGAAAAAUGUUUAUGGAUUUGAUUUGAGUGGUAAAAAUUCUUGGAGAUUGAGAGAGAUAUGUGAGCAUGAAUGGGAAACCAGAGUUUGUUUCACUUCUUACUCUAACACUCUUCGACCAUGUGGAACUGGUGCUUCAACUUUUCUUGAUUAUGUUAUGGCUAGCGCUUAUCUCAGUGAAGAUAACACUACUUCGGCAUUAUACACUUCUGCUUAUCCCAGUAAAGCUAUGUAA